UGGGGCUGGUGCAGCUACGCGUCUGCCGGAGCAGGUAACCUCUGGCUCCUCGGGGGGCGUUCUGAGGGAAGGGUUAGGGACGUCGACCCUAAGAGAGUUCUUUGGGGUGACUGUCAAGAUGGACUCAACCCUAACAGCAAGUGAAAUCCGGCAGCGAUUUAUAGAUUUCUUCAAGAGAAAUGAGCACACCUAUGUCCACUCAUCUGCCACCAUCCCACUGGAUGAUCCCACUUUGCUUUUUGCCAAUGCAGGCAUGAACCAGUUCAAACCCAUCUUCCUGAACACUAUUGACCCAUCUCACCCUAUGGCAAAGCUGAGCAGAGCUGCAAAUACCCAAAAGUGCAUCCGGGCAGGAGGCAAACACAAUGACUUGGACGAUGUGGGCAAGGAUGUCUAUCAUCACACUUUCUUUGAGAUGUUGGGCUCUUGGUCUUUUGGAGAUUACUUCAAGGAAUUGGCAUGCAAGAUGGCUCUGGAACUUCUCACCCAGGAGUUUGGCAUUCCAGUUGAAAGACUUUAUGUUACUUACUUUGGUGGGGAUGAGGCAGCUGGCUUAGAACCAGACCUGGAAUGCAAACAGAUCUGGCAAAAUUUGGGCCUGGAUGACACCAAAAUCCUCCCUGGCAACAUGAAGGAUAACUUCUGGGAGAUGGGUGACACAGGCCCAUGCGGACCCUGCAGUGAGAUCCACUAUGACCGGAUUGGGGGCCGAGAUGCUGCACACCUCGUCAACCAGGACGACCCCAAUGUGCUGGAGAUCUGGAACCUUGUAUUCAUCCAGUAUAACAGGGAAACUGAUGGUGUUCUGAAACCUCUCCCCAAGAAAAGCAUUGACACAGGGAUGGGCCUGGAGCGACUGGUGUCUGUGCUGCAGAAUAAGAUGUCCAACUAUGACACUGACCUUUUUGUUCCUUACUUUGAAGCCAUUCAGAAGGGCACAGGUGCCCGGCCAUACACUGGAAAAGUUGGUGCUGAUGAUGCUGAUGGGAUUGACAUGGCCUACCGGGUGCUGGCUGACCAUGCCCGGACCAUCACUGUGGCUCUGGCUGAUGGCGGCCGGCCUGACAACACAGGGCGGGGGUAUGUGUUAAGACGGAUUCUCCGCAGAGCUGUUCGAUACUCCCAUGAGAAGCUCAAUGCCAGCAGGGGAUUCUUUGCUACAUUAGUAGAUGUCGUCGUCCAGUCCCUGGGAGAUGCAUUUCCUGAGCUGAAGAAGGACCCAGACAUGGUGAAGGACAUCAUUAAUGAAGAAGAAGUGCAGUUUCUCAAGACUCUUAGCAGAGGGCGUCGCAUCUUAGACAGGAAAAUUCAGAGCCUGGGAGACGGGAAGACCAUUCCGGGAGACACUGCAUGGCUCUUGUAUGACACCUAUGGGUUUCCAGUGGAUCUCACCGGGCUGAUUGCUGAAGAGAAGGGCCUGGUGGUAGAUAUGGAUGGUUUUGAAGAGGAGAGGAAACUGGCCCAGCUGAAAUCCCAAGGCAAGGGAGCUGGUGGGGAAGACCUCAUUAUGCUGGACAUUUAUGCUAUUGAAGAGCUCCGGGCAAAAGGUCUGGAAGUCACAGACGAUUCCCCGAAGUACAAUUACCAUUUAGACGCCAGUGGUAACUACGUGUUUGAGAACACAGUGGCUACGGUGAUGGCUCUGCGCAGGGAGAAGAUGUUUGUGGAAGAAGUGUCCACGGGCCAGGAGUGUGGAGUAGUGCUGGACAAGACCUGCUUCUAUGCCGAGCAAGGAGGACAGAUCUAUGAUGAAGGAUACCUGGUGAAGGUUGAUGACAGCAGUGAGGAUAAAACUGAGUUUACGGUGAAGAACGCUCAGGUGCGAGGAGGGUACGUGCUACAUAUAGGAACCAUCUAUGGCAACCUGAAGAUGGGAGACCAGGUUCGACUGUUUAUUGAUGAGCCCCGACGGAGACCCGUCAUGAGCAACCACACAGCCACCCACAUUCUGAACUUCGCCCUGCGCUCAGUGCUUGGGGAAGCUGACCAGAAAGGCUCACUGGUUGCUCCUGAUCGCCUUCGGUUUGACUUCACUGCCAAGGGAGCCAUGUCCACCCAACAGAUCAAGAAGGCUGAGGAGAUUGCUAACGAGAUGAUUGAAGCAGCCAAGCCCGUCUACACCCAGGAUUGUCCCCUGGCAGCAGCGAAAGCCAUCCAGGGCCUGCGGGCUGUGUUUGACGAAACCUACCCUGACCCUGUGCGAGUCGUCUCCAUUGGCAUCCCAGUGUCUGAGUUGUUGGAGGACCCCUCUGGUCCUGCUGGCUCCCUCACGUCUGUUGAAUUCUGUGGGGGAACGCACCUGCGGAACUCGAGUCACGCAGGAGCUUUUGUGAUUGUGACUGAAGAAGCCAUUGCCAAAGGUAUCCGGAGGAUUGUUGCUGUCACAGGUGCUGAAGCCCAGAAGGCCCUCAGGAAAGCAGAGAGCUUGAAGAAAUUGCUCUCUGUCAUGGCAACCAAAGUGAAGGCUCAGAGUGUGCCAAACAAGGAUGUGCAGAGGGAGAUCGCGGACCUUGGUGAGGCCCUGGCCACCGCAGUCAUCCCCCAGUGGCAGAAGGACGAAUUGCGGGAGACCCUCAAGUCCCUAAAGAAGAUCAUGGAUGACCUCGACCGGGCAAGCAAAGCCGAUGUGCAGAAGCGAGUGUUGGAGCGGACAAAGCAGCUCAUCGACAACAACCCCAACCAGCCCCUCGUCAUCCUGGAGAUGGAGAGCGGUGCCUCGGCCAAGGCCCUGAAUGAAGCCUUGAAGCUUUUCAAGACACAUUCCCCCCAGACGUCUGCCAUGCUCUUCACAGUCGACAACGAGGCUGGCAAGAUCACAUGCUUGUGUCAAGUCCCCCAGAAUGCGGCCAAUCGGGGACUAAAAGCCAGCGAGUGGGUGCAGCAGGUGUCAGGCCUGAUGGAUGGCAAAGGUGGUGGCAAGGAUGUGUCUGCCCAGGCCACUGGCAAGAACGUGGGCUGCCUGCAGGAGGCGCUGCAGCUGGCCACUUCCUUUGCCCAGCUCCGACUGGGGGAUGUGAAGAACUGAGGGGAGGGGUGGUGGUGCUGGGGAGUCUCUCUCCCCCAACCCAGCACAUCAGGCCAGCCAGGAGCUCUCCAUCCGCCACAAGGACAUUUGAAUUUGGGGACCUUUAAACAGCCCCAUCCGUCCUUCUAGCCCAGUAGUAACUGGAACGUACCUGGGAGCCGUCCUGUGACUCAAUGCCCUACAUUUCUGCCCUACGCGUCAGUACCGUCUGUGUAGAACCAUGACCCCAGGAUUGCACCUUCUCAUCGUCACACUCGCAUCUGUAGACACAACCCUCGAGACCCAGGCUUUGUGUUCUGCACGUAGGAGACAUUUUUGCUGCAGAGAAUAAAAGGACCAUGUGCAAUACUUGA